AUGGGCACGCGGAGCUAUGGAUCGUUUGUUGGGGCGAGGCCUGCCAUCGAGCAUUUGAUUGUAUUUGAGGAGAGAGAAGAGAUGUUUGAUAUGGGUUUGUUGAUGUCGGAGGCGUUCUCUCCUAUCGCACUAGAUUCUCUGCGUGUUGCGGAGACGAUGUUGGAUAGCCCAACGAUUCCGCUUCAGGAACUCGAGGUUUUUCACCCGCCACGCAGUAUUUCUAGCCUCUUCAGCACACAUUGGCUGAACGAGCCCCUCCGACUCGGUAAUCUACGUUCGAUCACCAUCGUGCUCGACGAUCAUUUCCGGGACCGCCAGGCCGAUUUUUUCGUUAUCAUAUGGUGGAUCAACAACUUCCGGUUGAGCGGACUCCCUGGUUGCGUGCUCGAGCGAGUUACGCUUCGCGUUGGGCGCAUUUCAAUGUUGAGCCAGUGGAAAGAAUUAGACGGGGCUCUGAAACGGGUCAAGUCGCUGAAGUUGUUAGAGGUCGAGAUCGUGUCGUUGGGGGCGUGGUUGAGGUUCGGAUAUGUGAGCCUGGCUUCUGAGCGGAAGUUGUUGGCGGGGUACAUGGUAUCCUAG